CAGUGUGUUUAAAAGCCUCGAGAGAAUCAACGUUUUUUGGGAACAAUUUUGAUGAAAGACCCAAAUGCUUCAGAAAGCCUCGAUUUCCCAUCACUACGGUCUGCAAUGUAGUCACCGACUAUUUGGCCUCUUGGAAACUCUGUUAGUAGAUUCGUGUUGCUUUGAAAAAUCUAAUAGGUAUGGAAUCUACCUUUGAGAAUGUUUGGCUAAAGCAUGUGACGACCAUGGUUCUUGAAUCUCUGCCAGUGAUUGGAUGUCUCUUGGGUGUAAGACCUAACAUUUGUGCGUCAAGAAAUUCCUGCAAGUUUGAGUAAAUGGAGCUUGAGAGCCAAUGGUGGAAAGGACAACUUGCUGGAGAUAUAUACCAGGCUCUGCGCUAUAAAGAACUCAAGUUGCCAUCCUACAAAGGCCAGUCCCCACAGCUUAAUCUCAGGCGCUACUUUGCAGACCUCAUAGCCAUCGUAAGCAAUCGCUACCGGCUGUGUCCAACAGCCAGACACCUCGCUGUCUACCUACUGGACCUUUUCAUGGACCGCUAUGAUAUAACUGUGCAACAGCUCCACAUGGUUGCACUCUCUUGCCUGCUUUUGGCUAGCAAGUUUGAGGAGAGAGAGGACCGGGUUCCUAAGCUAGACACGCUUAACAGCCUGGGAUGCAUGAGUUCCAUGAACCUGGUGCUGACCAAACAGGGCCUUCUGCACUUGGAGCUUCUCCUGUUGGAAACUUUCCAGUGGAACCUGUACCUGCCCACAGCUGCACAUUUCAUAGAGUACUACCUGUCCAUUGCUGUCACAGAGGCAGACCUCCAUGAUGGCUGGCCCAUGACGUGCCUGGAGAAGACCGUACUCUACAUGACAAAGUACACAGACUAUUUCCUGGAAGUCUCCCUUCAAGAUCAUGUGUUUCUAAGGUUCGCCCCCUCCCUGGUGGCAGCUGCCUGUGUGGCAGCGUCCCGCAUCGUCCUGCGCCUGUCCCCAUCCUGGCCACCUAGGCUUCAGCGCCUUACGGCAUACUCCUGGGAUUCUAUUGUCCCCUGUGUGGAAAAAAUGCUCAUUGCUCAUGACAGUGAUGUGAAAGAGGCCAACAAGCAGAAGUGCCAGCAGCCUGGGCAGAUGGGGUAUCUUAACUCUUGCCAGACAACCUCCAUUAUACCUCCUCAGUACCUGCACCAGGCCAACAUCCAGUACCCACAGCAGCCUGCGCUAGCCCCUGGCCACUGCCCAACGACCUACAUGUCCCACAAUUCCACUCUGCCGGGCCCUGGCGCCCCACCCCACAGCCACACCCAGGCCAUUUCUACUGCUCUGGAUGGCAAGGUCAACAAUCCAAGCAUAGCCUAUCAGGUCAAUAUGCACUACCCAUGUGCUGCUCCCUGCUUUGAAAGGUGAUUGAUGGAUGUCUAAAAUGGAGCUAUGACAGUAAUGGAGGAGACUAAGUGGGUAUGAUGUGUCUCUUUGGACUAGACAAAUAAGCAAGAUUGGUUUUUAAUGGUUUGGAAGUGAAAAUGUCAUUGUCAUUACCUGCCAAAGGUGUUCUUUUUCUUUUCUUUUUAAAACCAAUAUGACUUAGUUAUUACCAACAAUGUUUGUCAAAUGCAGAUCAACAAUCCCUGCAGUAGCUAUAAUUUAAUUGCACUAAAGACAAGAGACUAUUCUGCAUUUAUUGAUGGUAAGCUACCUCCGGUAUUGACUAUACUGCAUAUUAUCUUUGUAAUGAUGUGAAUCUUGUAUUGGUAUUGAACUUAAAGGGAUUUCUUUCAGUGUUAAAUUAGAUAUGGCAGUUUGAUAGUGGAUCACUCAGCAAAAGCUACCUCAAAUGUUAGUUGGCCACAUGCAUCUUUGCUCUUAAGCAGUGUUAUCAGGAUGGAUAUGUAGCAUUCUUGUUUUGUAUUUUGAGCACUAAUGUGCAGAAUGUCAUGUUAGCACCUUCCUAUGCAAGUCAAAAGGCAGUGAGUGCUGUGCACUUCCAAGAUGGUACUUUUAAAUCAAAUACGUCAGUUGUUCUUCUGGUUUAUUUUUUAACAUUUAACACAUUGAUUUCUUACUUUGUAUGCCAACAGAAUGUAAAUUGUAUAUCCAUUGUCCUAUAGGGCAUUAUGCAUACCACAAGUAAAUAACACUAAAAACAAUUGCACUGAACAUUUACCAAAUUAUAUUGAGAACUUAAACAUCUGACAUGAGCAAAUCAAAUGUUAAUUACAAGAUGUUGCUGGCAUAUUUGUUACUCACUGCAUUGCACAGUAUUUAAAAUUCUUAACGAUGUACAGGUCUGUGGAUUACUCAUUAGGUUGUAUUAAUCACUGCAUUCCUUUCCCUCUGUAGGAAGAUGUAGGAGACAAUACAUUAAUAUUUACCUGCAACAGUUUCCCUUGAAAAUCCAGGGAACUAAAAACCUUAAAGAACCCCUGGUAGUCUGUGCCUGAUGAACACUACCAUGGCAUAUCAGCAUUCGUGUUCUGAAGGAACAUGGAAUGCUCCAUGCUGGUUUGACCAGGAUAACCAGGAAUAUCCACAUGGACAGGAUGUGGUUGGGGUAUGGGUGGAUGUAGACGCAAAGAGCAAACUUUGUCCCAGGGAUUUCAAUGUGGGGGAUCCUGGUGUUGUAAACCGCUUCUAUGCCUAUGCUCAUAUCCUGGUAGGGUAUAUGCAGGGGAAAGCCAGACACCUAAAAACACAGUAGGUAGUUUGAUAUUUCACAAAAAAUGGAUUGUCUACUCCAAUUCUCACUGUCAAAGUAAUCCAAACAUCUAGUCUUAUGACAGCAUCUGCUGAGUUCAUGCCAAUGUUUUUAUACACUCUAUCCAAUUUGAGGACAAUACCAAACAUCACCACCUUCCACAUUUUACAAGAACAGUUGGUGUUCAUUAGGCACGCAGCCCAAAUAAAGACUUUUAAAACAUGUUUUGUGAUAGAAACUAUAAGGAGUGUCCAUUUUCUUUUAUCUGGUCCCUAUCAAAUACAAACUACUGUGAAUCCAAUUGUUAAAGACAAUUAUGGUUUGGCCUAUUUCACCUUGUAAUCAUUCAUGGUGUCCAACAAGCUGUCUGUCAUUAGCUCUAUGACAUGUCGUCAGAUGUUGUGUUCUUCUCAAGCGUCUUCAGGGUGUCGUAGAGCAUGUCUUCACAGGGUGAGCUCAAAUGUGUAAGGUGAGGGCUUCUCGUAUCCAUUAUACAACUCUUGAGCUUUAUCUCAAUCCUGUUUUAAUGAAUGACAGGACCAUAAAUGUUUUGUGUUUUAAGAAUGUUUUAUUCUCAAGAAUAAAGCAC